ACAUUUUGUAUGUAAUAAUAGAGGGCAUACUUUCUCUUCAGCUGCCAUCACUCCUCGUGUUGUCCACCAACAAUAACUCUCCGUCUCUCUAUCUCUCUCUCUCUCCAGGCGCUGUCGAUCUUCAUUUGUUUGUAAAAAAGUAGAGAGAAGGAAAAAAAAAGAGGCGAGUUGGAGAAUGGGAGAAGAGAAGCCGAAAUCAGUUGGAAUUUGGUCGACCGUAAAGCCGUUCGCUAAUGGCGGUGCAUCUGGUAUGCUUGCUACCUGUGUUAUCCAACCCAUCGAUAUGAUCAAGGUCAGGAUUCAACUGGGCCAGGGAUCCGCAGUUGAUGUGACUAAGACCAUGCUUAAAAAUGAAGGUUUUGGUGCCUUUUACAAGGGUUUGUCUGCUGGGCUUCUUAGACAAGCCACAUACACAACCGCACGUCUUGGAACAUUCAAGAUUUUGACAAACAAAGCAAUAGAGGCCAAUGAUGGGAAGCCAUUGCCGCUUUAUCAGAAGGCUCUGUGUGGAUUGACAGCUGGAGCUAUCGGUGCAUCUGUGGGAAGUCCUGCGGAUUUAGCACUAAUUCGCAUGCAGGCUGAUGCUACUUUGCCUCUCGCCCAACGACGUCACUACACAAACGCAUUUCACGCGCUCUCUCGAAUUGUUGUUGAUGAAGGAGUUUUAUCUCUCUGGAAAGGUGCGGGCCCGACUGUGGUCAGAGCUAUGGCACUUAACAUGGGCAUGCUCGCUUCUUAUGACCAGAGUGUCGAGUUCUGUAGGGACUCUCUUGGUUUUGGCGAGGCUUCCACUGUUGUAGGGGCAAGUACUGUGUCGGGAUUCUUUGCUGCGGCGUGUAGUUUGCCGUUUGAUUAUGUGAAGACGCAAAUACAGAAAAUGCAGCCAGAUGCUCAAGGGAAAUAUCCCUACACUGGUUCGGUCGAUUGUGUCGUGAAAACAUUCAAGGCUGGUGGACCGUUCAAGUUUUACACUGGAUUUCCAGUCUACUGUGUUAGAAUCGCCCCUCACGUCAUGAUGACCUGGAUUUUCUUGAACCAAAUCCAGAAAUUUGAGAAAACGAUCGGGUUGUAAGUCCAAGUGGAGUAGCAGCAGGUUUUGGUGGGGGUUAAGCUUUUGAUCGGAAUAAUGUUUUUUGGCCAUGUUUGUCGUAAUUGACACGUUCGAAGUUGAGAGUAAUUUUACAGCAGCCAUCAUAAUUUUUUUUUUUUUUUUUGUAUUGAACUGAAUGAGGUUAGGAUAGGGCAUGCAUUUUUUGCGGAAUCCUCUCCAAUUAAAGGUUGGGAGGAAUUUUUAUUUUAAAAUUGGGGAAGAAUGAAUGUCUUGGCAAAAUAAUAAAAUGCUACUUUAAAUUGCUUAUUUCAGAAAAGUGGUAACUGGAAUUUUUUUUCGGACAACAUCACAUGAUUUGGCGACAUUUUAGAUAUUUAAUGAUUUGGAACUAAUUUAUCUGUUGGAUUUGUAUAUUAUUAUUUAUUUAGCUGUGAGCUCUACU